GAGAGAGAGAGACAGACUUCCUGACCAAGAAAUGGACUGGCCUUUGAACUUCACCGGCUCCUUUCUCACUCUCCCCUCCCCCUUCCCGACCAAUGGGAGCAGUGGCCCUGAAAAUCUUGGCCCCAGUCAGCCCCCACUUUCCAUCUUUGGCGUGCUAGUCCUCACCCUGCUGGGUUUACUGGUGGUGGCGACCUUCAUGUGGAACUUGUUGGUCCUGGCCACCAUCCUCCGCGUGCGCACCUUCCAUCGGGUACCCCACAACCUGAUAGCCUCCAUGGCCCUCUCUGACGUGCUGGUGGCAGCCCUGGUCAUGCCCCUGAGUUUGGUGCACGAGCUGUCCGGGCGCCGCUGGAAGCUGGGCAGGCGGCUGUGUCAGCUGUGGAUCUCCUGCGACGUGCUGUGCUGCACUGCGAGCAUCUGGAACGUGACCGCCAUCGCCCUGGACCGAUACUGGUCUAUCACCCGUCACCUGGACUACUCUCUCCGGAUUCGCAAGCGCCUCUCCAAUGUCAUGAUCACCUUGACCUGGCUGCUCUCCGCAGUCAUCUCGUUGGCCCCUCUGCUCUUCGGCUGGGGGGAGACUUACUCGGCGGACAAGGAAGAGUGUCAGGUGAGCCGCGAACCCUCCUAUACCGUCUUCUCCACUGUGGGCGCCUUUUACCUUCCCCUCUGCGUGGUGCUCUUUGUUUAUUGGAAGAUCUACAAAGCUGCCAAGUUCCGCAUAGGCUCCGAGAAGACCAACAGCGUCACACCCGUGCCCGAAGCCGUGGAGGUAAAAGAGGUCCUCCACCAACCUCAGAUGAUAUUCACUGCUCGUCAUGCUAUGGUGACCUUUCAGAAUGAUGGAGAGACAUGGAGAGAAAAAAAGGAGAAAAAGGCAGCUCUGAUGGUGGGCAUCCUUAUUGGUGUGUUUGUGCUUUGCUGGAUCCCAUUCUUCGUCACUGAGCUCAUCAGUCCUCUCAGUUCUUGGAAUAUCCCUCCCACCUGGAAGAGCAUAUUCUUGUGGCUUGGCUAUUCCAAUUCCUUUUUCAACCCUCUAAUCUACACAGCUUUUAAUAAGAACUACAAUAGUGCCUUCAAGACCUUUUUCUCUAGGCAGCGUUGAGAAAAAGGGAGAGACGUGGGAAGAAAAGCUGACAGAACUUUUCAUACUUCUC